GAUCGAUACCGCCGCAACCUCGGCUCGCCGCGCACUUUUCCCGGGGAUGAAGCAAAAUGGCGGAGCGGCGACGGCCACCCACCACCACAACGGGCAGGCGCCUCCGCCGCCGGCCUCGUCGCCUUGCAACUCGCACAGCCCGUCGUCGUCGGGGCGCGGCGGCGGCGCCGACGACAACAGCAAGACGAACCUGAUAGUCAACUACCUGCCGCAGACGAUGACGCAGGACGACAUGCGGGCGCUGUUCUCGACCGUCGGCGAGCUCGAGAACUGCAAGCUGAUCCGCGACAAGUCGACUGGCCAGAGCCUCGGCUACGGCUUCGUCAAGUACCGCACCGAGGAGGACGCCGUCAAGGCGGUGAACACGCUCUCCGGCCUGCGCAUCCAGAACAAGGUGAUCAAGGUGUCGCACGCGCGGCCCAGCAGUGAGUCGAUAAAGGGGGCCAACCUGUACGUCAGCGGCGUGCCGAGGAACGUGACCCCGGCCGAGUUCGAGAAGAUGUUCUCCCGCUUCGGCACCAUCAUCACGUCCCGCAUCCUGUGCGACAACUCGACCGGCCUCUCCAAGGGGGUGGGCUUCAUCAGGUUCGACCAGCGCUCCGAGGCGGAGCGCGCCAUCGAGGAAAUGCACGGGUACACGCCGCCCGGCUCCGGCGAACCCCUCGGGGUCAAGUUCGCCAACAAGCCGACCACCCAACUGGGACUGUACCACCCGGCAGCAGCCUACUACCCGCCCGACGGUCGCCGCUUCGCCGGACCCAUCCACUCUCCCGGGAGCCGCUUCCGGUAUCUGCCCCUCUCGCCCCUGGGGGCCACGGGCGAGAAGGCCAUCCUCGCCAUGAACAAGGGUCUGCAGCGCUACUCGCCCCUCACCGGCGGCGACUACCUCGCCGGGAUGCUGCCGGGCGACCCGGCCGGCUGGUCCAUCUUCGUGUACAACCUGGCCCCCGAGGCGGAGGAGAACGUCCUGUGGCAGCUCUUCGGGCCCUUCGGCGCCGUCCAAAACGUGAAGGUGAUUCGCGACGCAGACAGCAAUAAGUGCAAGGGCUUCGGCUUUGUCACGAUGACCAACUACGACGAGGCAGUCGUCGCUAUCCAGUCACUCAACGGGUACACGCUCGGUAACCGUGUUCUGCAAGUGUCUUUCAAGACAGCCAAAGUCAAACACGCGUAGGCCGGACUGCCCCUUUUCCAUCCUCUCCAAUUUCUGCCGUAUUGGGGAAAUUUCCCCAGAGUGCUGGAUGUACUGUACUGCUCUCCUCUGACCCUCAGAAGCCCACCAGUAUUUAGGCAUCUCCCGUGAGACACUUGCUAUGCAACCCGUUUAAAACCGUCCAAAAUUCUAAAAUUUUCUGGCUAAUUAUCGCCUGUAAAGAUUUGAAGAUUUGGAAGCCAGCUGAUGGGUACAGUUCUACACUCCCACUGUGUAUCAUUUGAUAUCACGGUUAAUCUCUGCAAUAGGUCAUUGAAACUGUAGCGUAUGCUAGAGCUCAAUAACACAGUAACUUAUGUGUACAAAGGUGGCUAAAAUUCUCCAAUAGAUAUUUCAGUAUUUGGAGGCAGACUGAUGGUUGCAACUGCAAACUCACUCCAAUCCCAUACACAAUUUAGUAAUCUGACCAAUCGCUGUAACAUGACAGUGGAAUUAUAGUAUGUUCCAGAACUUCAUACAGCAAUAAUAUCUGCAUACAAGAUCAGCCCCACUUCAACAUACAUACUUCCCUGCAACAUGUAUCUGAGAUUUAUUUAAUAAGGAAGUCUGCUUUGCUAAAAGUCUCCUUUAGUUGGUGUCUUUGACACCACUUCAUAGAUGAAAAUACUACAUCACAACUUGCUUUUCCAGUAUAGAACAGAGAUCAUUACAGUGCAUAUAUGGCAAUACCUUUGAGAUGGCUUCUUAUUUCUUCAACGUAUUAGGCCUAAUAUUUGAAACAAAUUUAUAAUUUCUUCAAAAUCAAUUGGCUUCCAGUUUUAAAUUGGGCCCUUUCAGACUGUUCAAUUUCUGGAAGGGCAUAAUAUCUAGCUCUCCAGGGGACCUUAAGCACAUGUCAUUAGGCCUCAUUGCUGUCUUUCCCAUAACUGUUAUUUAUACUGAAUUAAAUGUCAGUUCCAAAGUUUCGCCACUUUGAUAAACCGAAUUAUAAUUUUCUGUGUCCAGCUAGGCUUAUGAUUCCAGUGUUAUGUGCCAAAUUACAUCUGACCUACUACUCUUCGCCAGGUGUUGUAGGUGUGCAUGUACAUGUGGUUACUUGACUAUGAUCAUUAUUUGUGAUAGCUGAUGAAGAUUGCAUGGUCAGUUGUGUAAAUAUUGUGCAUAAAAGUGGAAUCAUUAGCAAUACCAGCCUUACACUCAGUAGUUUGGCUUUUUUAACUUGUAAUUUCGGUAGUCUUGGCUUAUAUUAUAUUUCUAUUAAACUUUAAGUUUUAGUAUCACUCACUUCGACAUAAAAUAUAUAUUUAAGUAAUGCAUAUGACUUAGUGUCUAAAGGUUUUUGUGGGAGACAAAGCUACAGUUUCAACCAUUUUUAACUCUAUUGCCUUUUCCACUAAACACAGGACCCCUAACGAAACACAGUGUAGGUAUAACCCAUCUCAGGGUCUCAUGUGUUCAUGUUCUGCUACCUGCAGAAAGCUAAAAUUUCCAGCACUUCUGUGGCAUUUCCCUAAAAGGCAGACAACUGAAGUACUCUACUCCCAUUUAUUUAUUGUGUGCUCUGUCAAAGAUGACACAGUUUCUGCUUUGUAGGCCAUGCUAUACUGACUGCAUUGCAGUUUCAGUAGUGAAGGAGUAACGUCACUUGCAGGGAAUUUCUUUAUAAAUAUGUAAUACUGUCUCAUAAGUUGCACAAGCCAUCAUCAUUCUCAUUGUGCAGUCUCUGUGUCAUCUGUGUAGGGCUAAAUUAUUUAUGUCUCUCUUUAUGAAUAGUAUUGUUGCUAGCCUAUUUAUUUGAUCAACUUUUCUUGUAGUUAGAUUGCUUAACUUAUAUCUAUCUGUGUCUGUGGCAGCGAUAGUAGGUGCAUUUCAUCCUUUUUAUAAAUAUAAAAAUAUAUUUAUGUGUACUGGCACUAAUGUAAAGUCAAUCGCAGUUAAAAGACAUCGGUAUGUCGGGUGUUUCGCAAAAUUAUUAGCUAAUAUUAGUUUGCGAUGCAGGUACGAAUUCCUGUUUCGUAUUCUGCCUCAUGAAACAUAAUACUAUUUUUAGAGUAUUUUGGUAGUAUCUAGCUUUUCCUUGAAAUAUUUCAAAAAUAUGUAUUGUUCCAAUGUACUUCCUGCCUGUCGCGUGUCCAUUUUUACUAGAUGUUGUUCAGAUAGUUUCAUUUUCUCAGCUAUAGAGAAACUCUUCCGGCAGAGUGACAUAGCAUUAUAAACGGUUUCCAAAGAACCAAACGAAUACCUAACAGCGUGUUACCAUUGAAUAAUAAAACUACAAAUGAGAUAGCCCAUAGAGCAUGGUGCCAAAAUCGAUACCUUUUCUUCCAUGUGAGAAAUGUAUUUUUGUAAGAAUGCUUACACUAUUUAAGACACAGUGAUGCCUUUCUUGUGGCGUUUUUGAAUUAAACAUUUUGAUGUACUUUGUCCUGUCAUGGUCGCAAUGAGAAAUGUUACACGUUUAAAAAUGUAUAUACAUAUAUGUUGCUGAGACUAGGGAAAGUCUAGAGAAAUGUUUUUUGAUAAUGAAAAUUUAUCUAGAUGUUGAGAGUAACAGCUUAGCCUCCAGGGAUGGUGUUAUGAUAUGCAGAUGUUCUUAGUUGUUGGUCAACUCGCUCUCCAAAACCUGGGAAAUGUAGCCUUAGAAUGUACAGACCACAUUAUCAGUAUUUGUCUCUGUUUAAUGACAUUUGUUUUGUAAAAAGUAAACUUUUGCGACUUUUCCAACGACUGAGGGACAAGUAAUUGGUGCAUAUCCUCUGUUUUAUAAGAUAUUGAAUUUUAGCACAAGCUAAUAACAAAGAUAACGUUUAAAUCAUAUUUUAGUGGUGUGGUCAUUGACCAGAUGUGCUUUAUGAUUGUGGCAAUAUCUGUGGAGAUUAUCAAGCUUGCAUAACUUUUGAAGUUUUACAGGUUCCAUUAAAUUGUUGAUGUCAUUGGAUAUUUUCAGAAAUCCAGUAAAAAAUAAAAUCCAGAAGUUAAUGUGAUUGAUACAGUAUUUGCUCAUUGUUCAUAGCAUAUUUUGUGAAACAGUGAGGAGUAAAUGAGUAUUUUGGGGAGUGAAGGUGGGAAGAAUGGAGAACUUAGGAAGUAUGCACUUGAACUCAACUUUGAUAUACUUCCUAUGCUAUUUCUACAUAUCACACAUGAUCAUCAGAUAAGUUAUGUUGCCUGGCUUGUAGUUAUGAAACACAUUGCAUAUUGAUUUUCUGUGCAGGUCAUUUUUAUUUAUGUCAUUUGGAUUAUUCUUUACUUACUUUAGAAAAAUUGUUGAAAUAAUUCUCAUGUUUCUGUACUUUCAGUUUUUUAGCAUACUAAAUUUUUUGUUUGCUCAUGAUGAAAUCACAUAGGUUAAAAGAGACAAUAAUACACGUUGAUGAACCAUAGGCUAUGUAUUUUGAUUGCAACUUGAAUGAAAAAUGUAUCUGCAGGCAAUACUGAAGUAAUUUCAAUGAAAGUACCUGUGAUUUAAUCUACUGUCUUGACCCCAUUAGGCGAUUAGUAUAUUGCCAGUUCCUCUUUCAUGCAAUGUUCCUCUGUCAGUAAUUGUCAGUGUAUAUGACUCCAACAGAAUAUAGCAAAAAUAUUAUGUGAGUGUAAGCAGGAUGGAUGGAAGGAAAAUUUCAGUUAGUAGUGAUUUCACUUCUAUUUCUGUGUGCAACUAGUUUUUGUUGAUAUGAGAGUGGGAGGGAGAAAUUGCUAGUGGGGAACAGUUGUUCAUAUGGAUUACAAACAUGCUGCAAUUCAGUUGUACUGAUUUUACUGGACUUGGUUUUCAUAAAACUCCUGUAACUAAUUUGACAUUGACAAAGAAAUACAUGUACUUACGUGUCAUUAAGGAUAUAAAGAAUGAAGUGUCAAAAUGGCACGAAAACAUGGCUAUGGAAAAAUGUAUGUUAUUCCAGAUUAAAUUUGUUUAUCAUACUUACUUGGGAGUCAUUGAACAGAAAUAAUGACUGACUGGAAAUAGUUCAUUGCGCUUCUCUUGCAGAAGUUUUUAACACAAAAUUGACACAUGUGGUCAGGAGACUGUUUUAAGUGCUGAGGUUUGCCUGAAAUAUAACAUUUGUUGGCCUAAGCAAUACCUAACUUACAAGAAGUACAGGCAAGCCGACUGCACUGGGAUGCUUGUUUCCUCUCUUUGUAUAUGUACUCGUAUUUAUAUAAUUACAUACAUUUUUUAGAAAUUUUCUGGCUUAUGUGUACUUGUGAAUUGCUUAUUUGUUUAUUCAAUUAGUCCACUGACAUUAUAAUGUCAGACACGUAAAUCUUGCCCAAUCCUAGUAUGUUUAUUGUAGUAGAUAAAAUAAAAAGUAAUUGAUAGUCCAUAUUGUAUGAGACAAUUGCAUUAGCAAAUUCAGUGGAUGUAAAUUAGUUCAUUUUCAAUAUGUUCGUAAUUUAUUACAUAAAAUGGCAAACAAAAUAAUGGGUUGGAAUUAAAGCAGAAGGAAGCUGUCAUGUUCAUCAAAAGUACAAUAUUUGAGCAUGAAUAUAAUGCAUGAGAUCUGUAGUCCAGCCCAUUUCUUGCCAUGUAUUUAUGAUCUGUACUAUAUUAAUUAGAUUAUGUACUCCUUCUUUAAACAGAUAAAUUAAUAUGCAGCAUGGGCGCACAAGAUGAGAUUAUCAGCGACAUGAAAGUAUUACUGGUCUACUGUGUAAAGAGACUCUUCUUAUUUUACUUUUAAAAACACUUUUUCACAUUAACUUGUUAUACAAAUAAUAGAAUAGCUCAUGUGGGAAAGAUUUUUAUCAUAAAAUGAAAUAAAAUUUUUUCUCAGUAUAAAGUUAUUGUUUUAUUCUCACAUGUUCGCCCAUGAAGACUUCUUAUCUUUACUUAAAUAAUCUGCUUGAGAAUAUCGCAUAUGAAAAGUGUUCCACAGUGUUUUCAAUUUGCCAAUGUUUGUAGCAAAUGAAUCUGACUAGGUCAAGGGCACAUUCCACAAAAUUAUAAA